UGUUUGUGACUUUUCAGUAAUUUUGAUCGUUUCUGUGAUAAAAUGCCGUUCUUUAUAAAAUCAAAAGGAAGAAAACAAUCAAAGUCAAAGGCAAAACAUCAGAGACCACAGGUGUCACUUAGUGGAGGUCCCUCUAAACAAAAGAGAAAGAAGUUAAGACUGCAGAAUGAAGAAAUAGACAGUGAAUCGGAAAUAGAAAGUGAUGAGGAUGGAAAGAAAACAGAGGUGGCAUCAUCUUCAGAUGAGGAAGAAACAGCACAAGAGAAAAAGUUACGGCUUGCAAAAGAAUAUCUGGCCAGUUUAGAACAAGAAGAGGCUGAGAAGAGAGAACAAGAUGACAUUCACAGGGACAUCAUUUCACAUAGAUUAAAACAAGAUCUGCUGGAACAGACAGGAAAAUUACAGAAAUCAGUAGCUGAUGAGUAUAUACAACCUUCUCUGGAGGACAUUAUAGUGCUGAGAGGACAUCAGCUGACUGUGACAUGUGUGGUUAUCUCCCCUGACAAGAGAUAUGUGUUCAGUGGCUCCAAAGACUGUAGUAUUAUCAAAUGGGAUGUGGAGGAGGGUAGAAGACUUCACACGAUACAUGGCGGGAGGAAAGGUACAGAGGACACACAUACUGGACACACUGACCAUGUGCUUUGUCUGGCCAUGUCCUCUGAUGGAAAAUUCCUGGCAUCAGGGGGCAAAAAUAAGUUUGUGUUGCUUUGGAAUCCAGACAACUGCCAACUUAUCCACAAAUUUACAGGCCACAGAGAUUCAAUCUCAGGCCUGGCUUUCAGAAUUGGUUCUCACCAGCUGUUCAGUGCCUCACAUGAUCGAUCAGUCAAAAUCUGGAAUGUGGAUGAGCUAGCAUACAUAGAGACACUGUUUGGACACAGUGAUGCUAUCACAGAUAUAGACAGUUUAAUCCGAGAUAGAGCCAUAACUUCAGGGGGGCGAGAUGGAAGUAUACGAAUCUGGAAAGUGGUAGAGGAAUCGCAACUUGUCUUUAAUGGAGACCCGGGAUCUAUAGACUGUGUAGCUUUCAUCAAUGAGUCCAACUUUAUAUCAGGUGCUGAUAACAACUCGUUGUCAUUAUGGUCCAUGAUGAAGAAAAAGCCCAUAGUAACUGUGAAGAAUGCCCAUUGUGGACAGGAUCAGAAUGGUAACUCUAGCACUGAUACAAACUGGAUAACUGCUGUAGCUGCCCUCCAUAACACAGAUCUGGUGGCUUCUGCAGGUUCUAAAGAUGGAUGUAUAAAGCUUUGGAAGACUGCCAAAAACAACACAGUUUUGCAGCCUUUGUUUUCAAUACCAAUGGAUGGUUUUGUGAACAGUCUUCAGUUCUCUGUGGAUGGACAGAUACUAGUAGCGGGUGUGGGACAGGAACACAAAUUAGGACGAUGGUGGCGGAUAAAAGAUGCAAAAAAUGGAAUACGAAUUAUCAAAUUGAAAAAGAAACAUCUGUAACCAAAAUGUGAAAAGACACAAAUAUAUCUUGUACACAUAAACUUACUUCAGAAGUAGUUUGUACUGAUUUUGAAAGCAACAUUGACUGCAAAAUAAUUAUGAUUUGAACAUAUAUCUAGUAAAGAAAACCUUUCAUUUU